AACCACGGCGCAGCUCCUCCACCUCGCAGCUCAACCCAACCCAACCCAACCUCGGGGGAGGGGACGACCGACCGCCGAUGGGUUGCUGCCGCUCGUCGCUGCGGGCGGUGACGGCCCACCACCCGGAGAAGCCGCCCGGGGCGGGGGCGGCGCCGCUGGCCUGCCGCCCGUCCUUCUCGGCGGCCGCGCACCAGGCCGCGCCGCCGCCGCCGGCCGAGGCGGGGUUCAAGGAGUUCUCGCUGGCGGAGCUGCGGGCGGCCACGGGCGGGUUCGCGGCGGAGAACAUCGUGUCCGAGAGCGGCGACAAGGCGCCCAACUUCGUCUACAGGGGCCGCCUGCAGCAGCAGCAGGGGCAGGGCCGCCGCGGCGCGAUCGCCGUCAAGAAGUUCGCCAAGAUGGCCUGGCCCGACCCCAAGCAGUUCGCGGAGGAGGCCAGGGGGGUGGGCAGGCUGCGGCACCGGCGGCUGGCCAACCUCAUCGGCUACUGCUGCGACGGGGACGAGCGCCUGCUCGUCGCCGAGUUCAUGCCCAACGACACCCUCGCCAAGCACGUCUUCCACUGGGAAAACCAGACUCUUGAAUGGGCUAUGCGUCUAAGAGUUGCGUACCACAUUGCUGAAGCGCUGGACUACUGCAGCAACGAGGGUAGACCUCUAUAUCAUGACCUAAAUGCAUAUAGGGUCCUUUUUGAUGAGAAUGGUGAUCCUCGUCUUUCAUGCUUUGGUUUGAUGAAAAACAGCAGAGAUGGGAAAAGUUAUAGCACAAACCUUGCAUAUACACCUCCAGAAUAUUUGAGAAAUGGAAGAGUCACUCCGGAAAGUGUCAUAUUCAGCUUUGGUACCGUACUACUGGACCUUCUAAGUGGAAAACGCAUACCUCCUUCCCAUGCUCUUGAUAUGAUGCGAGGCAAUAAUAUCCAAGUGUUGAUGGAUUCACAUUUGGAAGGAAACUACUCAACAGAGGAGGCAACUGCUUUGGUAGAUCUUGCCUCCCAGUGUUUGCAGUAUGAACCUAGGGACCGCCCCAAUACAAAAAAGCUGGUUACCAUACUUGAGCCCUUGCAAACAAAAUUAGAGGUACCUUCCUACGAGAUGCUUGGCAUUCCGAAGCUCGAGGAAGAAGUACCUCCUCCACCUCCUGCUCCGCAACCACCACAACACCCUCUUUCUCCCAUGGCUGAGGCCUGUUCUAGGAUGGACCUGACAGCUAUCCAGCAGAUUCUUGUAUCGACGCAUUACAGAGACGAUGAAGGCAGUAAUGAGCUAUCAUUCCAGGAAUGGACGCAGCAGAUGAGGGACAUGUUGGACGCCAGGAAACGCGGGGAUCUAGCUUUCCGUGACAAAGAUUUCAAGACAGCCAUAGAAUGCUAUACACAGUUUGUUGAUGUGGGCACAAUGGUGUCGCCGACGGUGUAUGCCAGAAGGAGCUUGUGCCACCUCAUGUGCGACCAACCCGAUGCUGCCCUCCGGGACGCGAUGCAAGCGCAAUGCGUGUACCCAGACUGGCCAACUGCAUUCUAUAUGCAAGCCGUCGCGCUGUCGAAACUGAAUAUGCAGAGCGAUGCCAAGGACAUGUUGAGUGAGGCUUCGCAGCUAGAAGAGAAGAAGCAGAAAAACUCGAGAUGAUCUUGAGGGUGAGUUCUUGUAAAAAUGUGUUGGUUCAGUCUCUUUCGCGGCUCAAAUGUUUACGUUGAUUGAGACGUGCUAUUCCGUCAUUUGGAACAAAACUGUGAGAUAUCCGAGGUUGAGUUAGGGAGAAAAUGUGGGGAAGAAGUGAUGUAGACUUGUAGAGAUGUGUGGUUGUAACUAUUUGGUUUGGCAUUUCUGUGAUGCGCUAUUUUUUGGGCCUAUAUAUAUGUAACAUUUUUUAAAGUUAAUCAGGCAUAUUGCAAGGGAGUUUACGGUUGAUAA